UGAGCUGCAGAGACACUAAUGCUGUGGCCGUCAUCGUCGUUGCCGUUGCUGUCGUCGUCGUCGUCGGUCGCCGUCUUCUUGCGGUGAAUUAACCAAACGAGACUCAGUCAACAUUUAGAACUUGACGACGACGCGUGAACGUGUGGUGGAGUAGAGUAAUUGUGUGUGACGUCGCGUGUUUUGUUACCUUUGGUUCUCUGGUUCAACGUCGUCUUUGCCAAAGUUUGUUUUUCCCAAAUGUAAGCGGAUGAAAAAAGCGUCAACAUUUACACAAGAGAAAAUAAAGUGAAAAGAUUUUUUAAAGCAAAAAAUUAAAUUAUAAAUUGAAAAGAGAAAAAUAUUGAAAACAAGAAAUAACAACAAAAGAAAAAAAUACAAAAAUUAGCACAAGUGUUUCUAAGUACCUAUUAGCCGCGUACUGUUUUGAUUUACAUCUCUUAUAAUACAUAUAAAACAACAAAAUGCUGGUGCCGUCGGAUAUGAUUGCGGCCCAAUCAAAAAUGGUCUAUCAAAUGAAUAAAUACUGUGCAGAUCGUGUGCAGACACGCAAGGCCCAAAUACACAAACAAAUCUUGGAAGUGUGUCGCAUUGUCCAAGAUGUCCUCAAAGAGGUGGAGGUGCAGGAACCCCGUUUUAUAUCCUCCCUCAACGAUUACAAUGGCCGUUUCGAGGGUCUGGAAGUUAUAUCGCCAACAGAAUUCGAAAUCAUUAUCUACCUCAAUCAAAUGGGUGUUUUGAAUUUUGUCGAUGAUGGCACCCUGCCCGGUUGUGCCGUGCUAAAGCUAAGUGAUGGCCGCAAACGAUCCAUGUCACUGUGGGUGGAAUUUAUAACAGCAUCUGGCUAUCUAUCGGCAAGAAAAAUCCGUUCCCGCUUUCAAACGCUUGUGGCUCAGGCCUGUGAUAAAUGUGCCUAUCGUGAUAUUGUCAAAAUGAUCGCCGACACAACGGAAGUGAAGCUGCGCAUACGUGAACGUAUUGUUGUACAAAUCACACCUGCUUUCAAGUGUGCCGGCCUAUGGCCACGUUCAGCCUCCCACUGGCCCAUACCCGGUAUACCAUGGCCACAUCCGAAUAUUGUGGCAGAGGUUAAGACUGAAGGAUUUGAUAUGUUGUCCAAGGAAUGCAUAGCGUUGCAGGGUAAAAAUUCCGCCAUGGAAGGCGACGCAUGGGUGUUGAGUUUUACCGAUGCCGAGAAUCGUUUGCUGCAAGGUGCCAGCCGACGUCGUUGCCUUAGCAUUUUGAAAACCCUGCGUGAUCGUCAUUUGGAUUUGCCCGGCAAUCCAGUUACCUCGUACCACUUGAAAACACUGCUCCUCUAUGAAUGCGAAAAACAUCCACGUGAAAUGGAAUGGGAGGAGAACUGCAUUGCCGAUCGUAUCAAUGGGAUUUUUUUGCAAUUGAUUUCGUGUCUGCAGUGCCGGCGUUGCCCCCACUAUUUCUUGCCGAAUAUGGAUUUGUUCAAAGGCAAAUCGCCGGGUGCUUUAGAAAAUGCCGCCAAACAAGUUUGGCGCUUAACACGUAUCAUGCUGACCAAUGCGCGAUGUUUGGAGGAGUUGUAAGAAGUGGCCCGGCAAUAAAAUGGUAAUGUACCAUGGUUGGUUGGUAGUUGUUGUUUUCGUUGUUGGAGCAAAAAAAAGACAGAUGGACGGACGGACGUAUUACUGGACAUACAUUUUAAUUUGAUUUUAAGCAACAACAAUAAUGUACUGCAUACAGUAACAACAACAACGAGACAAGACAAAAAGUUAAUACAAAGAUAUAAAACACAUGUUAAAUUGUAAAAUAGUUAAAACACAAAAAAAAACCUUUAGUUUGCCACAAGUUAAUUUAGUUCAUAGUUCAUAAGGUUUGCUAGUUAGUAUUUUUUUAUUUCCUAUGUUAUAAAGUUGUAUUUAUUUAAUUAGUAGACGAUUAUUUAGAUAUUAUUUUGAAAAUUGUAAUUUAUUUAAGGUGAUAAUACAUAAACAGCUUGGCAUCAAAUAUUUCUUGACAUAUAUUUUAAAGGGAUGUCAGAACCUG